CAACACUACUAUAUAACAAAUAAUUUGAGCAAUGAAAGAGAACGAGUUAUGGAUCAUUAUAGUUGUCUUGACUCUAGCUUUAGAGCCGAGUGGAACAUACGAAGCUCAACAUUGCCAAGUGAUGAGUGUUGAUGUGAAGGAGGAGCUGUGUACAUUUAAAUCUAACAUAACCCAUGUGCAAUUCCCUAAUUUUCUUGGAAUGGAAACCCAGCAAGAAGCAAUAGAUGGUCUGAAAGGGUACGAGCUCCUUUUAAAGUCAGAACAACACUGCUCCAAUUCACUUGCCUUCUUUUUGUGCCAUACUUAUCUCCCCAUCUGCAAUCCAGAGGAUGAAAACACCAUUAUUAAACCGUGCAGGGCAGAGUGCGAGAUGUCAAGGUUUAACUGCAGCAGUCUUAUGGUACAUUACAGCUACCCCUGGCCGGAGAUCCUAUCUUGUGAGAAGUUUGAUUGGUUUACGGAGAGGGACCCAAGCAACCCAGCCGGAAUCAGUAAAGUUUGCGCUGGAAAUCCUCGUUACACUAAAGAGAACUUCUUCAUUGAGUUCCCAGAAGUUAUCAACGGCACUUACAAUCACUACAAUCCUGAUAAGACUGAUAAGGUGACGACUCCCGACCCGAAAGAUUUCCGUUAUAAUAUGUCGAACUGUGAUCUGAUUGGUCUGGAGAACAGCGACAAGACAUUUAAUGAUUACAACUGUGGGCUGAAGUGCCAUUCCAGCUACUAUGGUCCUAGAGGUAACAUAAAUAUUCUGAAACACUGGAUCCUAGUUUGGGCGGGGCUCUGCCUAAUCGCUACUCUCUUCACUGUCAUGACCUUCAUAUUCGACCAACAACGUUUCAGGUAUCCAGAGAGAGCGAUAAUAUUCAGUGCCGUGUGCUAUUUUUUCAUCUCCGUAGGAUUUGUUCUGGGCUAUUUCUUCAACGAUAGUAUAGUGUGUGAAAACAGCAAGGACGGUAGAUCAGUAAUGAGACAAGGUAGUUCAGAGGACGGUCCCUAUCUCUGUUUCUUCCAGUCCUUCCUCAUCUACUACUUCAUGUUAGCCAGUUUUCUGUGGUGGGUAAUACUCAACCUCACCUGGUUCCUGGCUGCUGGACUCAAGUGGGGACACGAAGCCAUCGCUCUCAAAGCCAAAUUCUUCCACGCAGUCGCUUGGGUUUUGCCCGGGAUAUUGUUCCUUGUCAUUUGCAUCCGAGAGGAAAUCGACGGCGACAGACUGGCGAACAUUUGCUUCGUUGGGAACUUUAAAACUGGUUCUCUACAAUACUAUGUAAUAGUUCCGCUAGCUGUAUUCUACUUAUGCGGAAUGACAUUCCUGGGCCUCGGAAUGUUUUCCAUGUGCAACGUGAGAUCCGAGUUGCACAACACUGGCAAAAAGACGGACAAGUUGGAAACCCUAAUGAUAAGGAUAGGAAUGUUCUCAGUUCUUUACAGCAUUCCAGCUACCAUCCUGAUUGCUUGUUUCCUUUACGAACGCUUCCAAAGACCGAAGUGGGAGGUGGCCUACGUGAGCCACUGCCACAGCUACUCAAAUCCUAAAAAAUGCGACUCGGCUGAAUUUGUAGCGGACGCCAAUCUUCUUACCUUCAAUCUGAUCAAGUACCUAAUGAUGCUUGUUACUGGACUGUCCACAGGUUUUUGGGUUCUACUUUCGUUCAAGACAGCGAGUAACUGGGCCCGACUCCUAAAAUGUGGGUUCGGAAAGAAGGGUUCUGAAACUGCCGUUUGAAUGAUCUUACGAUUUUAAAUUCUCUACUUUUGAUCAAAGUUACUGUAACUCGGCGGAUGCAACUCAAAAACAGAUAGCACAAAAAGAGAAGAAGAAUAAUAUCUGUCACGGGCGAAUUGAGAAGAUACUGACCCACUUUAUUUUCAUAUCAUAGAUUUAUUUAAAUUGAGUAUAUUCUUACCGAAUUUUUAAUGUAAAACCGAUUUAAAUUCAGACUUUUUUCACGAUAAGAUUUGAAUGUGAGCAUGAAUUUUAAUCGAAA